UUAUAGAAACUGAUUAAACAAUCAAAUUAGUUUAACGAAAUUGUGUCAACUUAUACUUUUCCUGAUUUAUCAUCAUUGUCAUCAUGUUUCCGUUCAAUCGUUGGCAGAAAGUUCAGUCCAAGUUUAAGAUUAAUUUUGAUCAGGCUUUCGAUGGAUUAACAAUCUAAUGGUUUCGAUUUUAUCAGUUUAAUUUGUGUUAAUUGUGAUCAACUAUCAACAUCUAAUCAUCAGAUUUGUGUUAAAUCUGCUAAUUUCUUUUAAUUGUUUUAUGUUCAUCAUGUUAAAUUGUGUUAAUUUAAUUACUUCUGAAUGAUUUGAAAUGAUUGUUUCUCCAAUUUUUAUAUUUCUUUUUGCUUUUUUCCCAAUUGUAUUUAACCCUUUGGAUGCUAAGAAAAGCAAAGGUGGUAAACCAACAAUCAUCAUGAUUGGUGGUGGCGGUGGUGGUGGCAAAGGUGAAGGUGGUGGAGGCGGAUGGGGUCACCCACCGUCUGGAGGUGGUGGUGGUUGGGGUCCACCACCUUGUGGAGGAGGAUGUGGGAUGAUGAUGCCACCCAAGCCAACUUUUAUUCCAGUUCCGGUUCCCUACAUGGUACCUGAUGAGGAGCCCAAACAAAAACAGGGAGGCCAAAAAAAGUGUUGUCCAGUUAUGCAAGUUUAUCGGAAGAAAGCACCAAAGAUGAUGAUGAUGCAAUCACCUCCAGCAUCGCCCCCACAAGUUCAAGUUAUGAUUCUUCCAGUUCCAAGUCCAACGCCCAUUCAUGUUCCUCAUCCUUCACCCGUUCCUGUCCCGAUGCCCAUUCCGAUUCCCUCCCCUCAGCCAAUGCCCGCUCCUCAUCCUAUUCCAGUUCCCCAACCAAUGCCAAUGCCGAUGCCAAUUCCCAUGCCAAUGCUCCCACCGAGUUCAUGGCCUGGCCCAGAACCCAAAAGCUGGUCAGCUCCAGCUCCAGCUCCAGCCCCAGCACCGGCUCCAGCUCCUGCGCCAAAACCCAUGGUUUCAGGUUGGAGUUCACCCUCUCCGCCAGCUCCAAUGUCAAGCUGGUCCCCUCCUCCUGCCCCUCCACCUCCACCUCCUCCCGCCCCUGCACCACCACCACCACAAAUGGGAUGGCCAUCAGCUCCUGCUUCACCUCCAAUAAUGAUGACAACCAGCUGGUCUCCUGCCCCCUCACCAGCACCAAUGACUUCCAGUUGGACACAAAUAUCAUCUCCAACUCCAAUGAUGGGAUGGGUACAAACACCUUCACCACCUUCUUCAGUUGUAAUCGAAGCGGGUUGGAAUCCACCAGCACCUCCAUCAGCUCCUUCAUGGGGAUCACCAAAACCAAUGACCAUUGCGAUUCCAAUGCCCCCAACAUCCAUUGGAUGGGGAAGACCAGCCUCUCCACCUCCGCCUUCCGACGGGUGGGAUACAUCGGCGACCAACGCUUUGGCCUGGAAAGCAGCGAGUGUAGUUAGACCAAUAUUUCUCGACGAAUGGUACUAAGUCCAAUCCAAUCAUCGAUUUUUAAUCAAACAAAACUCCAUCAUAAUAUUUAUCGCAAUUCUAAAAACUGUACAAAAAAUAUUCCAAUUCAAAUGAUCCAAUCAAAGUAAUCGUUUACAAUAUCUUGAAGAUCACAUGAAUUUAAUUGGAAUUUUUCUCCUCGUUACUUGAAACUAAUUAAUCAAGUGAAAUCGUUUUAAUUGCUUGAUAGUUGUAAUCUUAAUCACUAGUUAAUCAUAUUUAUCAUUAGUCAUUGCAUAUUGAUUCAACUACGUUCAAGAGUAUUUUUUUAAUCUCAACAUGAUUACUUUGAUAUCGAUAUCAGAAUCGUAGUUACAAUUCAAUAUUUAUUUACCAGGCUAAUUGUGUAAUCUUAAUUUAUAAUUCAGAUUAAAUUGAUUUUUG